AGUUGAUCGCAAAAGCCAAGGAGAAGGUAAUGCAGCCGAGGAGAGUCAGACGGUCUCCACCAGCAGCCCUAGGCUAAACACUAGUGAUGCUUCUGCUCCAUGCGUGUCCCUCGGUCACUAGCGGAUCCACCUCUGUGACACCUGUCCCUGGCACAGGCUUUCUUUGAGUGGCCAGUUGGGGUCGGCUGCUCGAGUGGUGGGCGGGGGCUUAAUGUGAAUGUGGGCGGGUCUAUCUUUCCCCACCCCCUGACUCCGAGCCAGAGGCGAAAGCUGAUUUAGCAGCUAGAGGACUUUCACCACUUUGCUCUUGUGUUCCAUGUGGGUUUCGCAUUGUAGUGCUGUGACCUGGAACCCGCUCGUGAUAGUAACCCUCCGCGCGUCCCUCCCUGGCAAGUUCCUAUUGUUACUUAUUGAGGCGAAAUCAGAACGUUCAACAAGUGUAAGGUAUCGGGCGCUGAGUGAGUGGGACUUUUCCCCCAGAUCUAAUUCGUGGGAUCAUCUCUACUGACUGCAACAGCUGCUGCUUCUAACUUACUUACCUGUGGAUUUCCUAUUCGCAACUUGUGUCGGGAGAAGGGGGCAGGGGCAACCCCUGGGAAUGGGGAAAGGAAAGUGACUUGUGAGUCGGACUGUGUCAUCUCAGGCGCUGGUAUUGCCCCCCCCCCCCUACAGUGUGUCAGUGGGAAAACCCAAUGGCAUUGUAGCGUGACUCCCUUCCUAUGGGCUGUGUGUGAUGUGACGGGCACAAGCCGGGGGAGCUGCGGGAAGGCUGCCUGGCCGAGUUUAAUGUGAGGGGGAGUGUGCGCGACUAGGAGACCAGCAGCAGCCCGAGAGAUCGCUCCCAUACAGCCACACACAUACAGGACCCAGAGCGGCCGAUCAUGGCUAAAUGGCUGAAUAAAUACUUCAACAUGGGGAACAACAAUAACAACAAGAGCCCCCCGCAACCCCCCAGACCGGAUUACAAGAGGAAUGGGGGGACCGAGCGCUCCUUCCACCUGCAGUAUCCAGGGGGGCAGCAACAGUUCUACAAACACCACACGUCCCCGCUGCCCGGUCACUGCAGGGAGGAGAGCGAUCUGAUCCGAGCCUAUCGGGCCCAGAAGGACAGGGAUUUCGAGGAUCCGUAUAACGGACCGGGCUCUUCCCUCCGCAAGCUGCGGGCCAUGUGCACUGAGGAACAGCAGGGGGGCGAGGGCAAGAAUGGCUUCUUGCAAGAGUCUUACCACGGCGGAGGCUCCAGCACCAACACCACCUCCUCGUCCUCCUCCUCGUCUUCCUCUCCGCACCUGUACCGCAGCAACAGCGAGAGGAGACCGGCCGGGGCCAGGCAACAGCUGACAGGGGGGUCGGAGCACAAGUACACGGUGUCCCCCAAACACCGGCUUAUCAAGAUAGACAGCUGCGGCUGGGGGGAGAACGGCAUUGCGGGAGGAGGCGCGGGUACAGUUGGCAUCACCUGGAGCCCUGUGGUCACUCCGGUAACCAACAAAACCGAGGAGCAGGGCAACCCCGGAGCCAAGAAAGAGAAGGUUAUUAUAGCUGAUGACUAUUCCGAUCCAUUUGAUGCCAAAAAUGAGAAGAAAAACAAGGGAAUCAAAAUGGAGAGCAAUGGUUACAUGGAACCUUAUGAAGCCCAAAGAUUAAUGACAGAUAUUCAGAAGAAUGAAAGUCAGAAGUCACUUCAGAAAAACAUCCAGUUGUAUGACACCCCCUACGAGCCAGAGAGUAAUGGGGUGGAGUCAGAUUCAGAAAGCAUAGUUGGCCUUAAGCUGCGAGAGAGCAAGUUACCCCAAGAUGAUGACCGACCUGCUGAUGAGUAUGACCAGCCUUGGGAAUGGAACAAAGCAUUGCCAGCCUUGGCAGCCCAGUUCAAUGGUGGUGAGAAAAGGCAAUCAUUAUCACCCUCAAAUGAUAGGCGGCGACAGCUAAGGGCCCCUGGCGGGGGAUUUAAACCUAUAAAACACGGAAGCCCAGACCUCUGCGGAAUCUUGGGAGAGCGAGUGGAUCCUAACAUUGCACUGGAAAAACAAAUAUGGUAUCACGGGGCAAUCAGCCGAACAGAUGCAGAGAACUUGCUCCGACUGUGCAAAGAAUGCAGCUAUCUUGUGAGAAACAGCCAGACAAGCAAGCACGACUACUCCCUGUCACUGAAGAGCAGCCAAGGCUUCAUGCACAUGAAACUGUCGAAAACCAAAGAAAAAUACAUACUUGGCCAGAACAGUCCUCCUUUUGAGAGCGUCUCAGAAGUCGUCCACUUCUACACCACCAGGAAACUUCCCAUAAAAGGAGCGGAACAUUUGUCCCUCUUGUACCCAGUGGCUGUGCGGACCCUUUAGAGUGCAUGCUGUAUGGACCGGUUCACCUCCUUCCUAUGGACAGGGGGCUAUGGAAGCUGUUUGUGGCCAGUAUAGCACAGCUGCACUACAAAACAGCAGGGUACUGGAAUGUGCUAUUCGGGUAUUAAGGAUUGACCGAUUGAACUGUAAGGACCCGCUGGCUGUGUCACAAAAUGUGUACAAUAUUGCACUACUGCAUUCUUAAAGGAUACUGCUUUGGGUUUGAAAAGACCAGUGGAAGAGAAAGUGUAAAAAAAAAACUGUGGAUAAUAACUAAUGUAGCUGUGGCAAUGAAAAGUGUUGUUCGAAAUGCAAUGCUUGUUUGGGUGGAGAAAUGUAAACCCCUUCAGUAUAUAUCUCUUUGUGUAUGUUUCCAUGGAAACCACUAUCGAAUGUUAUUGCACACGCCUGUGUCUGUUUUUGUUUUUUCAGGGUGUUUUUGCAGAAACAAUAAGGAUGUUGCUUGGCAUGUUCUGUAGAUACAUACUGUCAGCUCUCAUCUGUAACCAUGGAAAAUAAAACUGUGCCUUUUUGCACCCAUCGGCUGGGUGUGGGGAUAAGAAUAUGGUGAAGGCUGAAGAAGGCAUGAUGCCUGGAAUACUGCAUGAUUAUACAGGCAGUAAAUCAGAAGGACACCCGGCAGAUGUAACCCUUACUUUCUUCACAGAGUCUUUCUCCUGAACAAAGAUGUAGCUUAUAAAUCAGUCCAAACAGUGUCUUCUUAAAUCCUCAGAGGAUUUGUAUCCAUCUAAAUCAGAGGUGAAUUCCCUUAUUUUUCCUAGAAACUAUAGGGCCUCUCAUUGUUUGCUGCCUUUGUUCAGUUGCUUUGCUAUAAUAUCUGCAAGUGCUAUGCUGUGGGCAUGUAGGCAGUGAGAGUGCAUGCUGUGUGUAUAAUCAGCAGGGGCUGAAUGAUACAUAGAAGGUGUUUUAUUUUCACCAGAAUGCACAUUUCUCCCUCAUUCAAGCAAUGUAUCAUAAAUGAAAAACUAGCACGUCCAGGUAGUAUCUAGUCAGGUUUUCUAGCAUGACCCCU